AGGAGGGAUGGUGAGGGGGGGAAGAGAGACAGAGAGAGAGAGAAGGAGGGGGGUCGGAUUGAAAACAGAUCAGCAGUCUGAAGAUCUCAACAGCACCGCAUGUCUCUGCAACAACUGCCGUGAGACGCACACAAACCGCGUUUGCUUCCAAACUUUUACGCGCAUCAAGGAAGAAACUUAAGCAUGAGGUUAGUUAGCUGAGAGCGCGCACAGCACAGCACGCACGCACGCACAAGCGCACCUCUUCAGGAAGAUGGAUUGUAAGAAAAAGUUAGACACUGCGCUCUGAAUCGGGAGACGAAAGAGAGAGAGCGAUCGAGAGAGAGAGAGAGGAGUGUAAUGUCGCGCAAACUUUGCGGCUUUCCAAACUUUUCUUAACUCGGUUCAUGGAGUUUUGCGUCCAGCCUGGUGAGCGUCGCUCAGUGCUGGUGCCAGCUCGGUUCUAGUUUACGGGAAUCUCGACUCCUGGCACAGUCCUCAACCCCCCACCCCCGGCAAAAACACGGAGCUGGAAGAGCUUCGAGGAGAAAAAGAGACGUCAGUGAAGCUUGUGACAGAAAUUGAAGAGCAGCAUGGAAACUUCAGCUCCAACAGCAACUGACAAGAAGGAGUGUAAGAGUUCUGGUCUGGAUGGAAGCAGCUUCUCAGAACUCCCGAAGAAACCCUCGCCCACCACUCUGACCAGAGGGGCGCACCACCUUUUCCCCACUUUUCACACACCUAUCCCGAUUGACAUGCGGCACCACGAGGGGCGGUACCAUUAUGAGCCACACCCACUCCAUUCAAUGCACGGGCCUCCUGGACUGACGGGCAGUCCAGUCAUCUCAGAUAUUUCGCUGAUUCGCCUGUCUCCUCACGCGGCAGCCGGGACCGGCGAGUCACCAUUCAGCCCUCCACAUCCGUAUGUCAGCCCUCACAUGGAGCACUACCUACGCUCAGUACACAGCAGUCCCACCCUCUCUAUGAUCUCAGCGGCCCGAGGACUGAGCCCUGCUGACGUAACCCACGAACACUUGAAGGACCGCGCCCUAUUCAGUCUCCCGCCACCGCCUCCGGGAGCGAACCCUGCAGAGUACUACCUGAUGGCCAGCGCCAGCCAGAGAAGCCCCUACGGUGACCUGCUGAUGCAAAGUGGUGCGGCGGCGGCAGCUGCAGCGGCCGCAGCUCACCUUCCCGAUUACAUCAGCCCUGUGGAUGUAUCCCGUUUUUCCAGCCCAAGGUUGACACCCCGGCUCAGCAGAAAAAGGGCGCUGUCCAUCUCGCCACUGUCAGAUGCUAGCAUUGACCUGCAGACCAUGAUUCGUACCUCACCCAACUCCCUGGUGGCCUACAUCAACAAUUCACGCUCCAGUUCAGCCGCUAGCAGCUCCUAUGGGCACCUUUCAGUCGGCGGAAUCAGCCCGACAUUCAGCUUCCCCCAUCACAUCAACCCCGUUGCCUACCAGCAGCUGUUGUCCCAGCAAAGGAGUCUCAACGCCUUUGGCCACACGCCUCCUCUCAUUCAACAGUCGCCAUCUUCGUUCUCUGCUCGUCAACACCCCCUCACUGCAUCACCUAUGUCCUCCCACAACAGCACCAACUCCGAAGCAAACCAGAACGCCAGUGGAGAUCCAGCAGUCAGCAGCACUGUCAACCCACUGACCACGAAGAGGUCAAAGGUGAAGACUGAAGCAGAGGGUCCACUGCCCAUUUCACCAUCGUCUCAGGACCACGGUGGGGGGAUCCUGGACCUGAGUGAAGAUCUGGAUAAAGAUGAGUGUAAACAGGAGCCAGAGGCCAUCUAUGAAACCAACUGCCACUGGGAUGGCUGCUCCAAAGAGUACGAUACCCAGGACCAACUCGUUCAUCAUAUCAACAAUGACCACAUCCACGGUGAGAAGAAAGAGUUUGUGUGUCGCUGGGAGGAGUGUUCACGGGAGCAAAAGCCCUUCAAGGCACAGUACAUGCUGGUGGUCCAUAUGAGGCGACACACGGGGGAGAAGCCCCAUAAGUGCACGUUUGAGGGCUGUUCUAAAGCUUACUCCCGCCUGGAGAAUCUCAAGACCCAUCUCAGGUCCCACACUGGGGAGAAACCCUAUGUAUGUGAGCACGAAGGCUGCAACAAAGCUUUCUCAAAUGCCUCAGACAGAGCGAAGCACCAGAACCGCACACACUCCAACGAGAAACCAUAUGUGUGUAAAAUCCCGGGCUGUACCAAGCGCUACACGGACCCAAGCUCUCUCAGGAAGCACGUCAAGACGGUCCAUGGACCCGAAGCUCACGUGACCAAGAAACAACGAAGUGACGCUCCCCCAAGGCUACAGCCACCCAAAGGCAAUGGGGAGAAUGAGGCAAACUCCAAGCACAGCUCAAGAGCCGUAGAUGGCAAGGUGGAGGCCAACAGCACCUCUAGGGGAGGGGAAGACUGCCUACAAGUCAAGUCUAUUAAGACAGAGAACUCUAUGACGUAUCAGUCCAGUCCUGGUGGCCACUCGUCAUGUAGCAGCGAGCCAUCGCCUCUCAGCAGCGCCAACAACAACGACAGUGGGGUAGAGAUGGCCGUGCACAGCGGGGGCAGCUUCGGGGACCUCAGCGCACAGGACGAGUGCCCCAUGGUUGACUCCACUGUUCCCACUGGAGGCCAGCAGGCUGGGAUGGGGCUUCAGUUGAGGAAAGCCACGGGUCACGGUGGUGCAGUCACCAUCAAGCUGGAAAACAUCAAGAAGGAAAGGCUGAAGACGGUGAGGGACCCCUGCCCCUGGGUUAACUCUGCGCCACAGCCGCUGCAGGGCCAACGCAUUAGCAUGAAGCUGCCUCCCAUACCUGCAGUUGGGUCCCUGCUGGAGAACUCCAACAUGAGUAACUUAAGUGGUUCGUACCCUGCCCAACGCAUGGAUGACCUGUUGUCAUGUGAAGUGACGCUAUUGAACCAGCUGAACGAGCGCCGUGACAGCACCACCAGCACCAUCAGCUCUGCUUACACCCUAAGCCGGCGCUCCUCUGGUAUAUCCCCGUGCUAUUCCAGCCGUCGCUCCAGUGGGACAUCCCAGUUUGGCGCUAAUCGCCACAACAAUAUCAGUUCAGCUGACUCCUAUGACCCAAUCUCUACUGACCUGUCUCGUCGAUCCAGUGAGGCCAGCCACUGCGGAGGUGGCGGUGUCAGCGGAGGAGGUGGAGCAGGCCUUCCAAGCCUUCUCAGUCUUACACCAGCACAACAUUAUCGGCUAAAGGCAAAGUAUGCUGCUGCCAUUGGUGGAGCACCACCUACUCCUCUUCCCAACAUGGAACGAAUGAGCCUAAGGACUCGCAUGGCACUCUACAGCGACUCCCAAGAAGGCUCAUCGCAUCCCUUCCAUCAGCCACCCUCUGGAACUGUACCAAGACGGUGCAGUGAUAUUGGAUAUGGCACGCAGAGCAUGAUGCCCCACGAAGUACCCACCAAUCUGCCACGCCGUGCAAGUGAUCCAGUGCGUCGUACGACACUGGACCCUCUCUCCCUUCCAAGGGUCCAGCGCUACAACAGCAUGAGCAGCAUGAACCCCAUGAAUGCUCCACCAGCUGCAGAACGUCACCAGACACUGGCUACACAGGGCUAUACUCGCUCUGAUGGAAGCCUGCAACGCUACCCAUUUGCCCCCAGACCACCAAGCAUUUCUGAGAAUGUAGCCAUGGAGAACAUGGCGGUAGAUGGAAUGAUGGUUGGGGGUGAGCAGGGUGGAGAGGAUGAUAUGGUGCUUCCAGACGAUGUGGUACAGUACCUCAGGUCACAGAAUUCUGGCCCCUCUACUCACAACUUGGGACAAACCGACUAUAAUUCCCACGGUCAGACUCAGGGCUACCAGACAGGCGUGGCUCCACCAGCAUCAUUUUUUGCGCAGAGGAGGAUGGCCAUGGUGGAUACCAUGAUGGCUCAGUCCAAUCAGGAUGUGCAGUCCUGCCAGAUGGGUCCGGGAGGUGCUCAGCAGCCUUUUGCAGCACCAUCAGAAAACAUGAACAAGAAUAACAUGCCAGUGCAGUGGAAUGAGGUGAGUUCAGGAACAGUGGACACCACAGCCAAGCUUCCCAAACAGCAGCAGAAUCCUCUCAAGGGGAAUCUAGCUGUUGUACAGCAGAGGCAGAACUUUGGGUCCUUCCAGACGCAAGGUCAGGGCUUGAGCAACAACCAGCAAGUUGUGCCUAUGAGUCAGAAUAUAUCUAUGCAGGGGUAUGCAAACCACAGCAACCAGAGGCUGAUGAACAUCUCUCUACAGCAGCAUCCACAACAGAGACAAUGCAACAGCGUGAACUUUAGUAACCAAAUGAGUCCUCAGCAAGGGUUUGGCCAAGAAGCAAUCCCAAGUUCUAUAUCUGGAAGCACUAGCAUUAGACCUACGCGCCACAGUAUGGCAGAUCAAGAGGUCCAAAGUUACAGAUCAAGGACACAGACUGAUGUCUAUUCUUAUGUCAGCCAAGUGGAUCCUCAGCAAAAUUACGUUAUCUCCCAACAGCAGCACAAUGUCCAAAAUGGAGGCAGAGGAAUGUUACAACCCAGGCCUCCCACAGAGCCCAGGUCUACUGCCAGACCACACGGAGGGUCUAGCAUGACACAACCGAGCCGAUUGCUCAAGUCAUCGGAUGUUAGCCCCGGUCAAGGUAUAGAUACCUCUGAGGCAAGCCCAAAGAGGCCCAGUGGGUCAGUAGCCCAUGACAGCAACUCAGAAAAUCCAAACUCCGCUGUGUUCUACACAGGUCAGAUUCACGUGUUUGAGCCACCUUCUGUCAGCUUUGAUGCUCCCAUGUCCCCAUGUGCCAGUCAGGCUCCUUCCAGCAACAACACUUCUGCAGCCAACAUGGCUUCACCAGGCGUCAACCAGGUCUCCAGCAGCACAGUGGAUUCUUCCACCAGUGGAUCUGGGGCCACAGAGCACGCCCAGAUCGACUUUGAUACCAUGCUUGAUGACGGAGACCACUCAAGCCUAAUGUCGGGCACCCUGAGUCCAGGCCUUCUGCAGAGCCUCUCUCAGAGUUCCUCACGUCUCACCACCCCCCGCAACUCUGUCACCCUCGCUUCUGUACCGGCAGGGAUUGGCAACAUGGCCAUCGGUGACAUGAACUCUAUGCUCACAGCCCUGGCUGAGGAAAGCAAGUUCCUCAACAUGAUUAGCUGAGAGCAAUCAAACACCUCAUCAUCCAUCCAUUCUUACCAUGAAUAUCAGGAAUAUAAAGACUAUACAAGAAAGCACUGAUUGUACAAUGCAAAACUGCUCAUUACAUAAACUUUUUCUACACUGUUCAUAGUAAUAUGCUUAUCCUGUAAUAUUUGUUUCAGAUUAUAUGUUACAUUAAAAGGUUAAUAGUAAAUAUAGAUAGGGUUAAGGACCAUUUUCUAUCAUUUGUUAAAAAGCCAUACUUUUUAGCUACAAGUCUAUGAUAGCCCAGGGUAUAUAAACAGAUCAAGAACAAUUGCCAUUCAGUAUUUGCCAGCGUAAUAGGCCUUUUAAAAAGUGGUGCACUGAUAGCAGUUCACAUAGUGCCUUGAUGAGGUCAUCAAGUGUGAGAAUCUGAAUAUGACACAAAAACCGAAUUAUCAGGAAAUGGACACAAUAUGUGGAUAGACUUAUGUUUGUAGAUGAUACUGUAUGGUACCUGGUCUAAGAUAUGUUACACACUUGCUGUUUAAGCUAGAGCUGUCAAACAGUUUAUAAAUGAUAAAUUCAUUUUGACUUAACUAAACGAUAAUAGGCAGUUGCAAAAACUGAUUAUGGAAGCGUGGAGCAGUUUCUUCAGCCCAUGUUAUGGUUCUCUACUACGACUAACUGGCAAACCUCACACAGGGUGAUCUGAUUAAGUAGCUCUACCCUCUACAUUUUCAACACAUCUGCAAGUUGCUUUUAACCCACCCCAGUCCCAGCGCCUUGCUUCUAAUACUUUGUCUGACUUCAUCAGUGUCAUGCUCAGUGCCUCUUCCUGUUGCUGACAUCCAUGAAUGUGCAUAGAUGGGAGGGCAUGUUGAGCUACCAUAGCACCAAAUAGGUGGGGCAGGGUCUAGCCUGCAGUCCUACUUUGACACAGUGACCAAAUAAAUUUUUAAAAAAGCCUGAGGCCAAAUUAUACACCAGGGAUGGUCAUGAUUUUCAAUAGUCAUUAAAUUAUUUUUUCUUCUAUCAUUUUCUUUUCUUUUUUUUAAUCAGUUGGUUAUGCUAAAUUAUAUUUUCCUUUGGCUUUACCAGAAUCUGGGUGGAUAUAUAACACACUAAUAGGUCAAAGUAAUGUAGCCACAGUAGAAACUGUUUGCUGACAACCAUUAAACAACGGAAACAGGUUAAAUAAGUUAUGAAAAAUAACUGGAUAACAGAAGCAUGUGUAGUACAGCAAGGUUAGACGCUGCUGUACAAACAGGAGAAACAUGCCAAGCCAAAGACAACCACAGAAAUCCCAAAAUUUAAACAAAAUAAAAAAUAAAAAUGAGGUUCGGUGCAGAUGUUGUCAGGUAAAGCUAGCAUGUUACUACAUGUGCGUGCACUCAUUCGAGUAUUUGAGUCUGGGAGUCGAAUAAGUUCCAGUAAAUAUCAGCGUAUCUCUGCUCCCUAAUAAAUGCCAGUAUUGGAAAAAAAAUAAACUGCCGUUGUAGUUCAUAUAUGCACUUAACCAUCCUGCAGCAGAGGAAAUAAAAGCUGUGUUUGCUGGAGCAUGUCAUUAUGUAAUAAAUGUUUACCAUCUGAAAUGUGUUACCAACAUUGUGUGUGUGUCAUAAAAUUUCACUGAAUGCAGUUUACAAAGUGAACAUAUUUGACAGCCCUAGUUUAAACACAUGGUUGUUAGGCAUUGUGAUCCACAGAACUGAAGUGCUUUCUGAUCAUAAUCUGAGAUUGUGAGGAUGUGAAAUGUGAUUUCCUUCUUUGCCCUCUGGAUCAGAGACAUUCAUUCUCCAUGGUCCCAUCUCACAAGGGUAAAUGAUUGAAAAGGACAAGGAUAUGCAUCAGUGUUAGUCCAUCAGGGCACAUGAACCCCUGCGCAUCUGAUGAGGAGCACUCUCUGAAAGAAUAUACAAGUACCUCUGUGUGUUCUCAGUAGAGAUCCAACUCUAAUUAACACAUUCAUACCCCCGUCAGUGCACCCUGUCUCUCCCCUGGGUUCUCAAUGAACUGCAGAGUCCAGGAAAGGACUCAGACUUUGAUAAUGAAAUCCUGUUUUCGGACAGGAUCGGCAAACUAGGUCUGCAAAUUCCUCUGUUUUAUUAUGUUUGCUGAAAUUGCUGAAAGUAGCCUUUUAAAUGUUUGUGUGUAUGCUACCAUCCACUUUUACUAUGCUUGGUAUGUGUGUGUGUGUGUGUGUGCGUGCGUGUGCAUGUGUAUAUAGCUUUUGUACAUUUCAAAUAAACUAUCUCCUCUUUUUCUGUUUAAA